UGGUUGAGUAAGAGAUGUUUACUCGUGUUACUACGAAGCUGGACGAGCAACUGUUUUGCUUGCGAUAGCCUAGCCUAUCUUUCUUUCUCAAUCGUUGCAUUAUUCUGCGUGUUUUUAACUUCAGGACCUAAUGUAGCCAGUUUGAGUGCCGAACGGACAAACGUUACUGUCUUUAUUUAAAGGAGAGAAACAUCCGAACUUCUCCAUCGCAACAUGCCUGUUGAAAAUGACUCGAGUGUCGCUCAGGUCCGUCACUUGCUCCGAGAGCUCCUGGUGGGUCGGGAGGACCCGGGGGGCUUCUUCUGUUUGUGCCUCUCCAUUCUGGGGAGUCGGGAAACGCGGGCCGGGUUCCGGGAGCUGAUCGCACCCCUCACUGACAAACACCGACAACUUCACAGCCAGCUCAUCACCAUCUAUCAGGAGUACUUCUCUAGGGAAGAAGAUGAUGAGCUGCGGUUGGCACCUCAGGAUGAAGAUGAUGAACUGCAGUUGGCACUGGCCCUCUCACUUGUGCACACCAGCUGCCAGAACUCCCCUCGCCAACCUGUGCCCAGGAGCUAUGCCCAGCUGGCAUCAGCCAUGCCAGUGAAAGGGCAACCACAGGGUGUGGACACCCAGAAGAGCAUGGGCACACACAAGCCUGCAGGGAGGGUGGGGGAGAGGAGUCCCAAUGGCCUGAAAGAACCAGGUGCAACCAGACCAGCUGCCACUGCUAAUGAGGGCAGAACUGACUCAUCAUUGGCUAAUGACAGUGACAGUCAAGAAAAGCUGGACAGCAAUGACCAAUCAGAGAAGUCGAGGAAGUCAAGGAGGCGUCGCCAGCGGAAGCAGCAGCAGCAGCUUCUCAAAAGCCCCUCCUCCCCUCGUCCUAUCCUCCUAUGGUUCCGGAGGGAUCUGCGUCUCCUAGACAACCCUGCUCUGAUUGGCUGUCUGGAGCUCGGGGCGCCGGUCAUCCCUGUCUUCCUGUGGAACGCCCAGGAAGAGGAGGGGCCAGGCGUUACUGUGGCAACGGGCGGGGCCUGUAAGUACUGGCUACACCAGGCACUGGUGUGUCUCAAUGAAGCCCUGGAGCGAAUCGGAAGCCACCUGGUGACGGUGAAGGCGGAGCCAUCUUCGUCUGAGGCCCUGCAGCGAUUGGUGGAGGAGACGGGGGCGGGAGCAGUGGUGGCCACAGCCCUGUAUGAGCCGUGGCUGAAGGAGAGGGAUGAGGGUGUGUUCAACACGCUCAAACAGCACAGACUCAGCUGCCACCUCUACCACUCCUACUGUCUACAAGACCCCUACACAGUCACCACACAGGGAGUAGGGCUCAGAGGAAUCGGCUCCGUGUCCCACUUCACAAGCUGCUGCCAGCAGAACCCCACCGGGCCGUCUGGCGCCCCUCAGGACGCGCCCCGCACCUUACCCGUGCCCUCAGCCUGGCCCGCAGGAUGCCCCCUGGAGCAGCUGGGGUUGGCACGCAUGCCCCGCAGGAAGGAUGGCACCAUGGUGGACUGGGCGGUGAACAUCAGAAGGGACUGGGACUUCACAGAAGAAGGUGCUCACGCUCGCUUGGAGGCUUUUCUGCAGGACGGUGUACGUCGGUAUGAGAAGGAGUCUGCGCGGGCGGAUGCGCCCAACACCAGCUGCUUGUCUCCAUACCUGCACUGGGGGCAGCUGAGUGUGCGCUGGCUGCUGUGGGAUGCCCGCGGUGCCCGCUGCCGAUCGCCCAAGUUCCAGCGCAAGCUGGCGUGGCGAGACCUGGCCUACUGGCAGCUCACACUGUUCCCAGACCUGCCCUGGGAGAGUCUGCGCCCGCCGUAUAAGGCCCUGCGCUGGAGCUCUGAGCGUGCCCACCUGCAUGCGUGGCAGCGGGGCAGGACGGGGUACCCGCUGGUGGACGCAGCUAUGAGGCAGCUGUGGCAGACGGGCUGGAUGAACAACUACAUGAGACACGUGGUGGCCUCCUUCCUCAUCGCAUACCUCCAUCUGCCCUGGCAGGAGGGCUACCGCUGGUUCCAGGACACCCUGGUGGAUGCUGACGUUGCCAUAGAUGCCAUGAUGUGGCAGAAUGGAGGCAUGAGUGGUCUGGACCACUGGAACUUUGUCAUGCAUCCGGUUGACGCAGCGAUGACCUGUGACCCCAACGGAACCUAUGUGAAGCGCUGGUGCCCGGAGCUUGCCCCGCUGCCCGAUGAGCUCAUCCACAAACCCUGGAAAUGCCCCGCUUCCAUACUGCGCAGAGCAGGUGUUGUCCUGGGGCAGAACUACCCUGAGCGGGUGGUGACUGAUCUGGAGGAGCUUAGGACCCAAUCGCUGCGGGACGUGGCAGAGGUGCGGCGGCGCUUCAGUGAAUAUGUGGACCAGCACUCCGGCUGUGACCUCAUACCUCUGCCUGACAGGCUGGUGGAGGAGGCUCUGGGUUCGACUGGUGAGGUCUUGCGGAGCGGCUCCCGCUUCCUCCUGCCCGUCAUCACACGCAUGGAAUUCAAGCACCAAUCAGUGGAGCCGGACGCGGCGGAGGGGCGUGUCAACCCGUACAACGCCGUGCUGAAGGGCUACGUGAGCCGCAAGCGAGACGAGACCGUCGCCUUCCUGAACGAGCGCGACUUCAUGGCCAGCGUCGUGCACGAGGGCACCCAGCGCCUCGAACGGGCUGAGCGGAACCAGCGCCUCCUGGAGGGGCUCCCUGCGCCCCCCUCCGCCACCCGCGGGCGCCCCCGACGCACCCCCACCAUGCCACAGAGAUGAUGCACGCUGAGAGAGUUGGGGACGGGCAUCACUCCUGGCGCUGAGAGAGUUGGGGACGGGCAUCACUCCUGGCGCUGAGAGAGUUGGGGACGGGCAUCACUCCUGGAGGAAAGUGCUGUCGACAUCACCAAGGUGAUGAGUGUGAUGAACAGGAAACACUAAUGCUGAUGAAGAACUUUGACUCCAAAGUUGAUUUGAUAGACAUGGACAGCUGCUUCAGGGUGUCGGGGAUAGGUUUGGGACAUUACAACAUGUUACUGUGAUCAUUUCUUGGUCAAAUCUUGAUGAGCUCCAGGAAUGACAUGUCUAUGGUCUCACACCAUGAUGCAAACAUGGGAGGAUCUGGUGUGUAAUCUAAGUGCCUAAAUAUUGUCAUUAUGUCAGACAGUUCUUGUCACUCAAUUGGCUGAUUAACAGCUUUGCUCUUACAGUAGCACGUCUCAUCUGAAGAAUAGCAAGUCAGGUAUGGAAAAAACCUUCAGAUCGGACGACUUCAGGUCAUGUUUAAAAGUUACUAUGGCAACACAUCUAUGCUGUGUUAACACACCCAAAAACAGAGCACUCAGUGGAGACAGAUAAUGGAGGAAAAGCCUUAAACUCCUACUUUUUACAGUAAUGCCAUAGCAUACUCCUUUUUGUUACGGUAAUGGCAUGCCUUCUUACCAAGAGAAAUACAUUUGGUGGUGGUUGGGAUCUUACAUUGGUGUAAUGUGUAAGAAAUGGUUUACUGGUAAACGGGUGGUCAAUGUAAUUAGUUUGUUACGGAUGAGGGAGAAGUGAAACUGUUCAGGUGGUGUUUUGCAAGAGGAGAAUUACCCCUGAUGUUCCACCUAACGUUACCGCAGAGCUGGGUCGGUCUGUCAUAACCAGGAGGUGCAGGGUGGCGAUUCGGGUCACAUGAACCAACACAAUAAUAAAUCUGCUGAAAACCUCAA